AUGAGCGAAUUCCUAGAGACGUCGAGAUCGCAGAGCCCUCCGCGACGACGCAGGGCAUGUGAGCAAUGCUCCAAAGCUAAGGCAAGGUGCCAUUUUCAAGCUUCGAAUUCAUCGUGUGAAAGAUGCUACAAGAUGGCAGUCAGCUGCACAGAACAGACCAGUCGGGGCUUGAGAAAGCCGAGGCAAAUCAGACUUCAUGAUAGAGAACAGCGGAUGACCAUCUCACCAUCGAAAACACCCAAUUGGGAUGAAAUCGCGAAACAGGGCGAAGGAUCAAACCCUCACAGCCCAUCGCUCAUCGCAAUCACAUCCACAAGUACGAUGGACAAUUCAACAUAUAUAUCCGUCUCAGAUACAGAAGAAGAAACAGAUCUUAACAGUCCGCAAGCAAACCCUCCGCCAUCAACUUCUCAGCAAACACAGCUAUUUAAUAUCCCCUGGCCACAAGCAGAUGAGAUCCUGAAUGUAUUCCAGCAAAAAUAUGUCCAUCAUUUUCCGUUUGUCGUCCUAGAGAAUGGAAUAUCCGCCCGUCAACUAGAACAGUGGCAGCCAUUCACUUUCAAGGCAAUCAUGAUAAUUGCCACGCCGUUACCGUGGCUAAUAACGGCAGCGAUGAAGAAUAGCUUCUUUGCUAAUCUCGGCCAGCGUCUGUUCACUAAGAAAGACUUUGACUUGGAUCUCCUACAAUGUAUCUUGAUUUGCAUCGUUUGGGCUGAUGUAUGCGGUCUGAGCAGUCACCAAAUCACGAAUCUCACACAUAUUGCACUUGGAUAUGCUCAUAAUCUAGCAGCUUCAGGGAGGUCAUUUGACGUUUCUCGGCCUGAAAAUAACCCUCUCCCUAAUAUUUUCUCAUCAGAGAGACCAGCUAUGUUUCCUAAAAUCGGCGCUAUCGAGGCCCGUAGAGCGUUUCUAGGGUGCGUCACUGUGCUUUCAGCAGAUUCGGUCCGUUCUGGUCGCCAAAAUCCCCUCAGCGGUCCCUACGUCGAUCUAUGUCGCAGCUUACUCAGGCAGUAUCCCGAAUGUCCCACGGAUUUUGUCCUAGAGCGAUAUGUGAGAUUGAUGCAGCUGAGUGACAAGAUAUCUGAGACUUUUGACACUAAUACCCGUCAUGACGGAGCGGAAGCGUAUCUUACUCUGGUUAAGGAGACUGCUCAACGGCUUCGCCCCGAGUUGGAUAGCAUAAUCGGGUCCUUGGGUUUCGAUCAACAACAGUAUCGUUGGCCAUCCAUUGGAAAUGUCGGCAGCCAUGAGAAAUCCUUUAGACUGGCCUAUAACUACUUAUUAGUUCGGCUCUACGAACCAGUCACACGCUUUGAACCGGCAACAAUGGAAGCGGAAGAUGCGCCACUCGGGUUGUGGCACCUAUGCUUGACAAGCUGUAUAUCUGCGACUAAAGCAUAUCUUGAGAGUCUUCUCGCGACUCGCCCUGACGGUUGGUACGCCUAUCAAUCUGCAAUUGCUACGAGGCCGAUUAUAUUUGUAAUGAUUCUUGCUGCUCGCCUCCAUUUGAUCAAGAUUCCUGGUUGGAAUGCCAAAUUGGCAUAUCCUGAAUUCGACCUGUCCUCCAUAAUAGAUCGUUUUGUUUCUCACUUGGAGGAAGCUGAAGAGAUGUUGAAACAAGAUAUUGAGAAGUUUGCGUACAGCACAAAAACCAAUUCGAAACAGGCAGAGAUGAUGAAAUCCAAGAGAUUAGCAGAACUAGCUAAGAAGGCGAAGCGUGUCAAAGAGUUGUAUGGAGCGGAGAGGAGCAGGGUGGUAACGAAUGAGCCCUUUAGUGAUGGAACGAGAGGUCCAGCCAUCAUAGCUGAGAAUGAGAAGUCGGCAGGUGAGAUUUGGUGGCCUCGUCAGCCACAGUGGUUCAAUGGGCUGUAUGAGAAUUCUGCUUGGAAUUUUGACGAUAUAGGGAGCUGA